AAACUUUUUGUAUCGAAGGAAUCAACAGCCGCCAUCUUGUCGCGGAUGAGCGUCAGGAUUUCGGGAGAGCAUUAUAUCAUUUUUUACGCUACCUGCUCUAUCGGAACCGACCCAAAUAGCUUCCCAGCGACGAAAACGACAAGCUUCGGGCCAAAUCGCGGAUCUUUGUGGCGAAUAUCAGCGUAAUGGAGCCGUUUUUGUGGUCGGCUGGAAAACCCCCGUAUAUCUGAUUUCCCCCUUCAGCGCGAGCGGCGCUCCUGUGCCACUCGCCUAUAUUAAAAAAUAAUAUUUUUUUUCUCAUUUUUCAUUUAUAUUGCUGGACUUUACUGAUUGUUCGAUUCGGGCUGGACAUGGAGCAUGAAGGUCUUUAUUUUUAUUCGCAGAAAAUAGCAUUUUUGAAGAGACCCACGCGAACCACCUAAAGGAAUCGAGAUUUUUCGCCCUCGUCGUGUAUUUCUCGGUUUUAACGAUGAUAUAAUUUAUUUUCGUGGGGUUCGGGGCGAUCAUUAAGGUUAAUUAUGCGGGUUUUGGGUGUUGGAUUAUCAUGGGGUGAAUGGCGAUGGCGGAGCGGGGCGCUGUUGAGUCGCGUUUGAGCCCCAUCUGUUAAUUAUUGGCUCCUGAUCGCUGAAUAAUAAUAGAAAAACCCGAGGGUUGAUUUGAUUUAUUUCGCUUUGUCCCCCUUCCGGGCUCUUGGAAGACGCAUUUAUUGCUUUGACGUGUAUUUUUGUGAAGCGAGAGAGAGAGCACGAUGGCUGACAAUCUACUGGAUAUGGGUCCUCCCAACGCAAAGCGGCCCAAACUGAACUCACCUGCGCUGUCCUCCUCCGACACUCCAGACUUCGUGUCCUUGUUCGACUUGGAAAACGAUCUUCCAGAUGAGCUGAUACCCAACGGAGACCUGGGGCUGAUGUCCAUGCCCUCUAAUGGAGAUGGAGGCCGGAUGGGGGGCACCAUCCCGGAUGCUGCUGCCAAGCACAGGCAACUGUCUCAGCUCCUACAGGCAGGGAGCGGCCCUGGUCUGGCUGGAAACCUCAGCCCUCAGUCUGGAAUGGGUGGACAACUGGGUGCCUUGGGGAAGAGUCCCAUGGGCCAGGGCUCACCCAGUCACCAGACCCAACCUUCCAAGCAAGUCGGCACCCCUACCGGUCAGGGCAACAAUAGUCCGGGUAUGGGCCUCAAUGCUGGUUUCAACCAGGCCAUGAUGAACAAUAACAACCAGGCUCAUGGACUCAUGGGGCAGAACAUGGCUCAGCAGGGGCAGAUGAUGAAUGGUGUGAUGGGGCAGGCCGGAAGAGGCAGGGCAGCUCCGGGUAUGCAGUACCAGGGUCAGGGUAUGCAGGGAACACCGGUGGGAGCAGGUGCCGGGCCGGGGGUCAGCGUUUCUGGCAGCGUAUUGGCGGAGACGCUUACCCAGGGUUCACCACAGAUGGGGGCACACAAUGCCAUGAAUGCCCAGCAAGCGGGAAACAUGAACAAGAUGGGUCUUGCAACCCCUAAUGGCCCAUUCGGGCAGCAGUAUGCACAGGGUUCGGUCCAGCAGAUGUCCAGCGCUGGAUUAAACGCUCAGAUCCAGAACAAGGCAGCUCUCCCCAACAGCCUCCAGCCCACCCUGAAGGGUGCUUCCAGCGUGCCAAAUCUGCUGCAGCAGCAGGUGUCCUCGGUGGGCAUGGUCCCGGGACAGGGGGUGUCAACAGGCCCCACGGCCGACCCGGAGAAACGCAAACUGAUCCAGCAGCAGCUGGUCCUGCUGCUUCACGCCCACAAGUGCCAGCGGCGAGAGCAGGCCAACGGAGAGGUGCGCGCCUGUGCCCUGCCCCACUGCCGCACCAUGAAGAACGUCCUCAACCACAUGACCCACUGCCAGGCGGGAAAAUCCUGCCAAGUGGCUCACUGCGCCUCCUCUAGACAGAUCAUCUCGCACUGGAAGAACUGCACCCGGCACGACUGCCCCGUCUGUCUGCCCCUGAAGAACGCCAGCGACAAGAGAAACCAGCAGCCAAUGCUGAGCUCCCCUAACACUGGCAUGCAGGCUCCGCUGGGCCCCGUGGGCACGAGUCAACCCGCUGCGCCCGCCAUCAGCAGCGGCACACACAUAGACCCCAGCUCUAUGCAGAGGGCGUACGCAGCACUCGGGCUCCCGUACGGGAACCAGCCGGCUGCGCAGACGCAGGUCGCAGGACAGCAGCCCACGCAGACCCAGCAGCAGCAGAUGCGCUCCAUGACUUCUUUAGGCACUAACCAGAUGAACAUCGGCGGUAACGGUAUGGCCGAUCAGACGAGCCUUCACACUGAUUCCUCUCUCCCCUCAUCCCUCAACAGCAAUCAGAUGAUGUCAGACGGGUCUAACAUGGGCGGCGCUGGGAACCUGCCCACAGCUGCACCGCUGUCAAUGCCCGGCAUGAAGAAGCCCUGGCACGAGCACGUCACUCAGGACUUGAGGAAUCACCUAGUGCACAAGCUGGCUCUGGCGGAGCGUUUACCAGUCGCACAGCAGACGGGAAGCGCCGCGCUGCGGACAUCUCAAAGAGUUCAAGCCAUAUUCCCGACGCCUGACCCUGCAGCACUGAAGGACCGACGCAUGGACAACUUGGUCGCGUACGCGCGUAAGGUUGAAGGGGACAUGUAUGAGUCGGCCAACAGCAGGGAUGAGUAUUACCACUUUCUGGCUGAGAAGAUCUAUAAGAUCCAGAAGGAGCUGGAGGAGAAGAGAAAGUCCAGGCUGUCGAAGCCACAGAUGGGCGCUCAGGGUCCUCAGCAGCCUGGCCUUCCCCAGCCCAACGCUAUGGGUCCUGCACAAGCCAUCCGGCCACCAAAUGGACCUGUCCCUAUGUCCAAUGUGCCAAAUCAGUUGAUGGCCCGGAUGCAGGUCCCUCAAGGAAUGGGCCAGUUCAACCCCGUGACCAUGCAGAACGUGCAGAUGUCCCAGUCGCCGGUGGGAGCUCCUCGCGCAGCAUCCCCUAUGACCCACCCCCCUCAGAUGGGCAUGGGUAACGUUCCAGCGAUGGGUAUGUCUCCCUCCAGGAUGCAGCAAGCAACAACCAUGAUGGCAGGCCAUGCUAACAAUAUGGUGGGCCAGCCGCCCAACCAGAACCAGUUCAUGAACCAGACGCCCUUCCCAUCAUCAGCCGGGGGCAUGAAUGUGAAUGUAAACCUUGCCCAACAGUCAGGACAGUCUGUCCCACAGCAGCAACAGAACGCUAACCUGACCCUGAAUGCUGUGGGCUCUCAUGGCCCCCCGUACGCCCUGUGCUCCACCCCUCCUCCACCCUCCACCCCAUCAGCAGCUGCUAGCCUACAGCCACUCCAGACCCAGCCUUCCACGCCGGCCUCCGCUGGAGGCCACGUCACGCCCACCCACAUCCCCAGCGGCCUGCCCCGCCCUCCCUCAGUCCUGGGCUCCUCCCCUGCCCCCUCCCAGCCGCUCACGCCCCUGCAGUCCCAGCCUGAGCCCUCCCUGCAGAUGCAGCAGCCCACCUCUGUGCAAGCCCAGCAGCCCAGCACUCCGCUCUCUCAAAUGGCUCCUAGCGUUGAUAAUAGAGUUCCCACGCCUGCGUCUGUGGCUGAGACCCACUCCCAGCAAGCUUUGCCUGACUACCCUGCUGUUGAGCCCAAAAUUGAGCAUCAAGAUGAUGAGCAGGGCUUUGAAUCUGGGAAAAAGCAGCCUGAUAUCAAGAUGGAGGAUGAAGAUGUCAAACCUCUACAAGUAAAGGAGGAGCCAGAGACUGUAGAACCCAAACAGGAAACGAUGGAGACGGAGGACAAGAAACCAGAGGCAAAAACCGAACCAAAAGAGGAGGACGUGUCCAGCACCAACAACGCACCAUCCAGUCAAUCCGCCCAGUCACGCAAGAAAAUUUUCAAACCAGAGGAGCUCAGACAGGCGUUGAUGCCUACCUUAGAAGCGCUGUAUCGUCAAGACCCGGAGUCCUUGCCCUUCCGCCAGCCCGUGGACCCAAAUCUACUGGGCAUCCCGGACUACUUUGACAUUGUAAAGAACCCGAUUGACCUUUCCACCAUCAAGAGGAAGCUGGACACCGGGCAGUACCAGGAACCCUGGCAGUAUGUGGACGACAUCUGGCUGAUGUUCAACAACGCCUGGCUCUACAACCGCAAAACAUCCCGAGUGUACAAGUACUGCUCGAAGCUGGCCGAGGUGUUCGAGCAGGAGAUUGACCCUGUCAUGCAGGGUCUGGGUUACUGCUGCGGGCGCAAGUACGAGUUUUCACCUCAGACGCUUUGCUGCUAUGGCAAACAGCUCUGCACUAUCUCCAGAGACGGCACAUAUUACAGCUACCAAAACAGUUCACCCAAAUAUGGCCUUGUUGCCGACAGGUAUCACUUCUGCGAGAAGUGCUUCAACGAGAUCCAGGGCGACAGUGUCACCCUGGGAGACGACCCCGCGCAGCCGCAGACGUAUGUAUCUUCUGUCGCCCAGAAAGCUUUGAGUAUGAUAUCAAAGGAGCAGUUCGAGAAGAAGAAAAAUGACAUGUUGGACUCUGAGCCCUUUGUUGAAUGUAAAGACUGUGGCCGGAAGAUGCAUCAAAUCUGUGCACUGCAUUACGACAUCAUCUGGCCAACAGGUUUCAUCUGUGACAACUGCAUGAAGAAGUCAGGAAAAACGAGAAAGGAAAACAAGUUCUCUGCUAAAAGGUUACAGACCACGAGGCUGGGAUCGUACAUCGAGGACCGAGUGAAUAAGUACUUGAAAAGGCAGAAUCACCCCGAGGCCGGGGAGGUGUUUGUGCGGGUGGUCGCCAGCUCUGAAAAGACCGUGGAGGUCAAACCUGGGAUGAAAUCCAGGUUUGUUGACUCAGGAGAGAUGUGCGAAAGCUUUCCCUACAGAACCAAAGCACUUUUUGCAUUUGAGGAGAUUGAUGGAGUGGAUGUGUGUUUCUUUGGCAUGCAUGUCCAGGAAUAUGGAUCUGAAUGUCCCUUUCCUAACACCAGGCGGGUAUACAUAUCAUAUCUUGACAGUAUUCACUUCUUCAAGCCUCGGUUGCUAAGAACUGCAGUUUACCAUGAAAUCCUCAUUGGCUAUUUGGAGUAUGUUAAGAAACUUGGAUAUGUGACUGGUCAUAUCUGGGCCUGCCCACCUAGUGAAGGCGAUGACUACAUCUUCCACUGUCACCCUCCUGAUCAGAAGAUUCCCAAGCCUAAGAGACUCCAGGAGUGGUACCGCAAAAUGCUGGACAAAGCAUUUGCAGAAAGAAUCAUUCAUGACUAUAAGGACAUAUUUAAGCAGGCCACUGAGGACCGGCUUACAAGUGCCAAUGAGCUACCCUAUUUCGAAGGUGAUUUUUGGCCCAAUGUUCUGGAGGAAAGCAUCAAAGAGCUGGAACAAGAGGAGGAGGAAAGGAAGAAGGAGGAGAAUACAGCCUCCUCUGAGACAGUAGAGGGAACCCCAGCUGACAGCAAGAACGCCAAAAAGAAGAACAAUAAAAAGACCAACAAAAACAAGAGCAGCGUGAGCCGCGCCAACAAAAAGAAGCCUGGGAUGCCGAAUGUAGCUAAUGAUCUGUCCCAGAAGCUAUAUGCAACAAUGGAGAAGCACAAAGAGGUCUUCUUUGUUAUCCACCUCCAUGCUGGUCCAGUGGUCAACACCCUUCCUCCGAUCAUGGACCCUGACCCGCCGCUGACCUGCGAUCUGAUGGACGGCCGUGAUGCCUUCCUGACGCUGGCCAGGGACAAGCACUGGGAGUUCAGUUCCCUGCGCCGCUGCAAAUGGAGCAGUAUGUGCAUGCUGGUGGAGCUACACAAUCAGGGCCAAGACCGAUUUGUGUACACCUGCAACGAAUGCCAGCAUCACGUAGAGACGCGCUGGCAUUGCACCGUUUGCGUGGACUUUGAUCUAUGCAUUAACUGCUACAACUCCAAGGGCCAUGAGCACCAAAUGGUGAAGUGGGGAUUGGGCCUGGACGACGACAGCAACAACCAGGGCGGCGAGGCCAACAAGAGCCCACAGGAGAGUCGACGCCUCAGCAUCCAACGCUGCAUUCAGUCGCUGGUGCAUGCCUGCCAGUGCCGCAACGCCAACUGUUCUCUUCCAUCUUGUCAGAAGAUGAAGAGAGUGGUGCAGCAUACCAAGGGCUGCAAGCGCAAGACCAACGGAGGCUGCCCUGUUUGCAAGCAACUCAUCGCAUUGUGCUGCUACCAUGCCAAGCACUGCCAGGAGAACAAGUGUCCCGUACCCUUCUGUCUAAAUAUCAAGCACAAGCUGCGACAGCAGCAGAUUCAGCAGCGACUGCAGCAGGCGCAGAUGAUGCGGCGGCGUAUGGCACUAAUGCAGGGCCGAGGAAUGCCUCCGAGUCUGCCCUCCCCAACUACCUCAGGAGGUCCGGGGACGCCCAACUCUCAGCAGCUGCAGCAGCCUAACACACCUCAGACCUCGCAGUCUUUAGCCAACCAGCCCCAACAGACGCAUCCAAACGUGGCUGCAAUGGUGCAAGGCUUCCCCAGCCAACCACAGACACCAGGACCCCAGGGUAAACCUGGGCCGCAGUCCUCGCCCCUGCAACAGCAGCAGCAACAGUCUCCCCUGCCCAUGCCUCCUCAACAGCAGCCGCAGCCCUCUCCGCAGCAGCAGCAGGCUUUGAAAGUUGCGCAACAAAUAGAGAUGAUGACCAAAGUUAAACAGCAGCAGCAGCAACAACAACAACAGCAGCAACAACAACAACAGCAACAGCAGCAGCAAGAAUAUAGAAUGAAUAUGAACGGCAUGCCGAUGAACCAACCUCGCAUGAUGACUCCCAUGCAGAUGAUGGGCCCUCGUGGUCCUCAGAUGGUUCAGAACAUGCAGCCUGGCCAGUGGCCACCUGGGAUGCAAGGGUCCAUGCAGAAUCCGCAGGCGCCUCCAACGCAGCAAGUGCCCCCGCAGCAAAUGGCCAUGGCUCCACAGCAGUCUCAGGUUGCGCAGACGCCCCAACAGGCGCAAAUGAUGCAGCGCGCCUUGAUGCAGCAGCAGCAACAACAGCAGCAGCAGCCGAGGCAAAUGCAGACCGUCAUGCCUCCCCAGCAGGCGCAACCACAGGCCCCUCAGCAACAGGGCAUGCAGCAAAGAGGUGUGACCAGCAGCAUCGCUCCAGGAGCGCUGCAGGACCUUCUGCGCACGUUAAAAUCACCAAGCUCCCCUCAGCAGCAGCAGCAGGUCCUCAACAUCCUCAAGUCAAACCCGCAUCUCAUGGCCGCGUUCAUCAAACAGCGCACGGCGAAAUACCAAGCCAGCCAACCGCAGCAGCAGAACCCGCAGGCCAUGCUCGCAGGGCAGCCGGGAAUGCAGAACAUGGCUGCGAUGCAGGCCGGCCCCGUGCAGAGACCCGUCAUGCCCCCCCAGCAGGCGCAGCCGGCCCCGACCCAAUCCAUGGCGGCCCUCGGCUCCCAGGGACAAAUGAUGAACGCUGCGCACAACGGGAACCAGCUGUUCCGCCGGCAACUAAUUCGUCAGAUGCAGCACCAGCAACUACAGGGAACACUCCCUACAGGACAGGGGAGAUUCCCGCAGCCUCAAGGCGCAGCUAGUUACUCGCAAAUCCGCAUGCAGCAGCAGAUGGCCAUGCAGGGCGGCGGAGGACAAAUGCAACCCAUGGCUCAGAUGGGCCAGCCUGGCAUGAGUAUGGACGCCCAGCAGAAUAUGCUGCAACAGCGCAUACUACAGCAGCAGCAGCAACAGUUGCUGAAGCAGCAAAUGGGCUCGCCGGCACAGGCCGCUUCCAUGAGUCCCCAAUCACACAUGCUUGCAGGACAGGCGCAGGGAGCCCACCUGCCCGGACAGGCCAUGGCUAAUGCGCUGGGCAACCAGGUGAGGUCGCCUGCCCCCGUGCAAUCGCCCCGUCCCCCUUCCCAACAGCCGCCACAUUCCAGCCCGUCCCCUCGCAUGCAGCCCCAGCCCUCGCCCCUACACCCCAGCCUGGCGGGACCCAUGCCGGGCCCCAUGGACCAGGCCCACCUGUGCACACCUGAACAGAGUGCAAUGCUUCCGCAGCUGAACACGCCAAACCGUGGAGGGCUUUCCAACGACUUGAGCAUGGACACCACGGGCGACACGCUAGAGAAGUUCGUCGAGGGAUUGUAGCAUUAAGAGACGUUCUUUUGCGGAGAGAAAAGGUUUGUUUUGUACGCGAGAAAUUAAAGACGACAAAAUGACAAGACUGUAAUAGGUUUACACAACCAAUGGACUGCUUUUCCUUCCUUGUUGGAGGGAUUGAAUUUACUGUUUAAAGAGCAGAAUCACAAAGGGGAUUUUUUUCUAGGAGGGGAUGUCGGACCGGACGGAAUUCAAUCCUGGUCUAUAUGGAGUUACAUUUUUAAUUUUUAAUUUUUUUAUUUUUUUUUUUUCCGGGGAGGGGGUUAUUUUGAGCUUAUGGACUUUUUAAAUGGAAUUUCUCAAGGCAAAAUAUUUGAUUUUAUUAUUGAAGACUUUCAUUUUUGUAUGUUUGCAAACUGAAAUGCAUUUUUUUUUUUUUUUUGUGAGUGUGCGCGCGUGUUUAGGGACUAAGAUAAUUGGUGUGGAAUCAGGAUCAGGAUCAAUCCUCAUUCCUGUCUGAUACGUAUUCACAUUUACCAGGUUUGGAAAAGGACACGCAGCCUUUUUCUCUCCAAACUGUGGAGUUUGUACAGAGGACCUGUAUUCAUUUGUACAGAAAGGAGCUUGGCUACUGCACACACAAACACACACACACACAUACACCACGAACGAACGAACGAAAACACAAACACGCGAGCAAAUUGUGAAAGUUGCUCUUAUUUUUCAAGGUGCCCAGAUGCGUUUAUUUAUUGGCCUGGAUUCAGUAGUUGUCUCUCUUAAGAUGUAGGAAGAUGUUCCUGUUUUCUCGUUUGAUCUCUGAAACAUCGAUGAUGUCCCCUCCACCUCGCGUAUGAGGCCGGAGCUUCGUCCGACUGCUGAUUUGUUCAAAGAGUUCUUCAGUCAACCUCUUGUUUUUUUUCUCCUCAUGAAACUUGAAUUGAAGGUGAACGAUUCUUUAAUGUAAAUCAUGCAGCUUGAUGACAUACUGUAAAUAAAAGGAAAAAAGAUUGAGAUCGCUGUAUAAACUGGUUAAGAUCUUGUUUCGUACUUAUAUACCAUAUUGUUAAAUAAACUGUGUGCAACAGACACAAUGCUUCUGA